GGUGGUUAAAAACUAGAGAUAAGAAAGCCAUGAAGUGCUUCAGCUAUAAUGGAAUAGUUGUACUUAUUGGGGUGGCCUUUUUUCUAGUGCCCUCCAUGGUGUUAAGCUGCAAUGAAUCUUUGAGAGUAACGGAUAUAAUGUGCAUGUUAGUUGCAAAAAGACUGGAUCCUCGAGCGGAGCAGGCUUUACAUGACCAAUAUCAGGAGGAGAUGAUGACCGAAGGAAGCUCCAAAACUCUUCUUGAAACCAUUACAGGGUCUUCUAUACCAGACUGUUCUUGGGCAUGUGGGGCCUGUAAUCCUUGUAUCAGAGUAACCAUGAAUCCCAAACAUUUCCAACCUCAGAGCAAUCAGCACGAUUCACUCAAUUCAAAGCAUGGAAAUCAACAUGGUCAUAAAAUCAGUCCUAUUGCUCAUAGGUGUGUUUGUCAGGGGAAAAGUUUUCCAGUACCCUGAUCCUUCGGAUAGAAUGCAGUUUCAUUCUCACAUUUGUAAAAGGAUAAGUUAUAGUUAGUUUCAUAUUGAUGUGCCCUGCACGAGGGGCAAAAGUUUUCCUAUGCCAUAAACUAUCUAAAACAGUUCACAACAUGCAUCUUGUCUGGGUUUGAUAAAAAGUGAUCUAGUGUGCUUCUCAUGUAUAACU